UUCAUUGAAAAUAAGCAGUACAGUUACUGACGAGCAGUGUUAGUCAACUCGUGAUAUAGGAAGUGCUUAUUUAUGAAUAGAUAUUUUAAUUUAAAAAAUGUGAUAGUAAUUGGUGUUGCUUGUAGUAUACGGUGUUACUCUUUACUGUCAGCAAUCCACAUAAUCACAUUAAAAAAGUUUUAUCUGCAUUAAUAAACUUCUACAUUUAAAUAUGUACAUUCUAUAUGCGGUUACCUUCGAUGUCGAUUCAACUGUUAUUCAAGAAGAAGGAAUUGACGAACUGGCAAAAUUUUGCGGAAAAGGGGAUGAAGUUACUGGUUUAACGAAUCAAGCAAUGCAAGGAUGCAUGACAUUUGACCAAUCUUUAAAAGUAAGGUUAGAUAUUAUAAAACCUACUAAGGCUCUAAUAGAAAAAUUCUUGGAAACACACCCUCCAAAACUCACACCAGGAAUAAGACAUCUGAUAGCCGCAUUGCAUUUACGGCAGAAGGAAGUAUUUCUAGUCUCUGGAGGUUUUCGUUGCCUAAUUCGACCAGUAGCUGAUAUACUAAACAUUCCUACUAAAAACAUUUGCGCUAAUAGUCUACAAUUUUAUUUCACAGGUGAAUACGCAGGAUUUGAUAAAAAUGAACCUACUUCAAAAAGUGGCGGAAAAGCAGAAGUGAUAAGACGCCUUAAAGAGGAAAGAGGACUUGAAACAGUAGUUCAUAUAGGGGACGGAGCAACCGAUUUAGAAGCUUGUCCACCAGCUGAUGCAUUUAUUGGAUUUGGUGGAAAUAUUGUCAGGGAUUUCGUUAAAUCCCGAUCGUUAUGGUUUGUUUCUGAUUUUAGUGAACUUAUUAAGGCUUUAGAUGACUGAUUUUAUUACAAUUGUAUCGUUUUACUGAGUAACAUCUAUGUAAACUAAAGAAAAUUGGUUUUUUUUCCAAAAACUUAUUCAAUUUGAAUAAAAGAUUACUUGAAAA